AUGUCAAUACAAAUCAGAGAGCAGAUUAAUAGGAAUCCAGGUAUUCCAACAAGGGCACUUCAAGAAGAACUUGAGCAGAAGUUGCAAGUCAAUGUAUCUUGGAUGAAGGCUUUUAGGGCUAAACAACAAGCAAACACAGACUGCAAGGGUGAUUAUCAUAGUCAAUAUGCAUUGCUUAGAGAUUAUUGUGAGGAGUUAAGGUUACAAAAUCCUGGUACCACUGUGAAAAUAGAAGUAGAGAGAACACAUAACCCAGAUGACCCAACAAGGCAGUUCAAGAGGAUAUACAUCUGCCCGGGAUCUCUUAAAUCAGGAUUCAAAGCAUGUGGAAGGGAUUUGAUUGGGUUGGAUGGUGCUUUCAUGAAGGGUCCUUACCCAGGUAAAGUUUUGACAGCUGUUGGAGUGGACUCAAAUAAUGGCAUCUACCCAGUUGCAUAUGUAGUGGUUGAAGCAGAAAAUAGGCAUUCCUGGACAUGGUUCCUUGAAUAUCUUGGGGGUGAUCUUGAUUUGGCAGCUAAUUCAAACUUUACUUUCAUUACAGAUAGACAAAAGGGUCUAAUUCAAGCAAUAAACAAUGUGUUCCCUGCUGUUGAACACAAGUAUUGCUUGAAACACAUUCAUGAAAACAUGAAGUUGCACUGGAGGGGAAGGGCAUACAAAGACCAUUUGUGGAGAUGUGCAACUGCAACUACUAAACCUCAAUUUGCAACAGUCAUGGAAUCCUUUAAGAAGUUGAAUGUGGAUGCAUACAACUGGUUAGCUAAAAUUGAACCCAAACAUUGGGCCAGGUCACACUUUUCUGGUAGAUGUAAGUCAGACAUGUUACAUAAUAACCUUUGUGAGUCUUUAAACAAAGAACUUGUAGGUGCUAGAGAGAAACCCAUCAUUGCAUGUGUAGAUUUCAUUAGGGAAUACCUUAUGAAAAGAAUUGUGGUAGUUCAGAAGGUUAUUGAUAGGUCUAAGGGUCCAUUAACUCUAGCAGCCAUGUCUAUAAUGAAUGUAACUAAGCAGGAAGCAAAUGAGUGCAAGGUUAUUUGGAAUGGUGGUGUUAAGUAUUAG